CAUUUUCAUUCAUCGUUUGAUUCCCUCGAGCCCGCCGCUACCGCUAAAUAAGUGAAAGAGUUAAAGUUUAGUGUAUUUCUUUACUUAUCAAAUCGUUGUAAUAUUAGAAAUCACAAUAAAUACUGUAGUAUUUUAAAAAUUUAAACACUUCUACAAUGGCUAUGCAACCCCAUAGCAAGAAAAGGGUUUGCUAUUACUACGACAGUGAUAUUGGAAAUUAUUACUAUGGACAGGGACAUCCUAUGAAACCACACCGCAUACGUAUGACACAUAAUUUAUUACUUAAUUAUGGGUUAUAUAGGAAAAUGGAAAUUUAUCGUCCACACAAAGCCACAGCUGAUGAAAUGACCAAGUUCCAUUCGGAUGACUACAUUCGGUUCCUUCGGUCGAUCAGACCUGACAACAUGAAUGAAUACAACAAACAAAUGCAGCGAUUCAAUGUUGGUGAAGAUUGCCCUGUGUUUGAUGGGCUGUAUGAAUUUUGUCAACUAUCAGCCGGAGGAUCUGUGGCCGCUGCUGUAAAAUUAAAUAAACAGGCAUCUGAAAUCUGCAUUAACUGGGGUGGAGGAUUGCAUCACGCUAAGAAAUCUGAGGCGUCAGGAUUUUGUUAUGUGAAUGACAUUGUCCUCGGCAUUCUGGAGCUACUGAAGUAUCACCAGAGAGUGUUGUACAUUGACAUUGAUGUACACCAUGGUGAUGGAGUGGAAGAGGCAUUUUACACAACCGACCGGGUCAUGACUGUUUCCUUCCAUAAAUAUGGAGAAUAUUUCCCUGGGACAGGUGAUUUGCGAGACAUAGGCGCGGGCAAGGGCAAGUACUACGCAGUGAAUAUUCCGCUGCGCGAUGGCAUGGACGACGAGUCAUAUGAAUCUAUCUUUGUGCCCAUCAUCUCUAAAGUCAUGGAGACCUUCCAGCCCAGUGCAGUGGUACUGCAAUGCGGAGCCGAUUCUCUUACAGGUGACAGAUUGGGUUGUUUCAACUUGACUGUGCGCGGACAUGGACGUUGUGUGGAAUUGGUGAAAAGAUUUGGUCUGCCAUUCCUGCUUGUUGGUGGAGGAGGGUACACAAUUCGCAACGUGUCCCGUUGUUGGACGUAUGAAACCUCAGUAGCACUGGGUGUUGAAAUCGCAAAUGAGCUACCAUACAAUGACUAUUUUGAAUACUUUGGUCCGGACUUCAAACUGCACAUAUCUCCCAGUAACAUGUCCAAUCAGAACACACCUGAAUAUUUAGAAAAGAUCAAGAACAGGCUGUUUGAGAACCUCCGUAUGCUGCCUCAUGCGCCUGGAGUCCAGGUACAAGCCAUUCCAGAAGAUGCAGUCAAUGACGAAUCUGAAGAUGAAGACAAAAUAGACAAAGAUGAGCGGCUACCACAAAGUGAAAAGGACAAGCGUAUAACGGGCGACGGGGAGCUGUCGGAGUCUGAGGACGAGGGCGAGGGCGGGCGGCGCGACAACCGCUCGUACCGCGCGCCGCAGCGCAAGCGCCCGCGGCUCGACAAGGACCUCGCGCACCACAAGGACGACGCCAACAAUGAGGAUUCAAAAGAUGAUGUGAAGAAUGUUAGUAAUUCGGAGGAAUCAAAGAAGGAAGCGACUCCAAGCGCCUGAUGCGGGCGGUAAGUCGCUGCGGAGAGCAGUGCCUGCGGGCGUGUGACGUCAUCGGAGACAUACAAUAUGAAAAUCGUGUUAUGUGACAGUGCAAGUGUAAUGCUCUUGUUAAACUGCAGUCGGUUCCCAGAUAUGCUCCGAUGUGCUCGGUGAGACUAGAAUUAUUGUUUUCCUACUUAUUUGUACUAAACUAAGAAAAGUUCAGUAAAAACUUUUGAUUCUUAAUGUAUUUAUUGAACACAAAUUACAUACCUAUUAUGUAUGUUAUUGAUGAGUUUGUAUGCAAGAAAAAUAAUGUUAGAUCAUAUUUAUUUGAUCUCAGUAAUUUUCUGGUGUUAGUGUCGGAUUAAAAUUUUUGAAUAGAUUAUUUCCUCCUUUAUUUCACUUAGUGUAAUGUAGAGGAAACCGCGCGAAAUGAUGCGCCUACUUUUGCAACCCUUUACAUACCAACUAUAUUCUGUGAAAUUGCAAGUUUUUAUCAAUAUUAUUUGUUCAAACAACUUCUUUAUAUUGAUUAGUUUAAUCUGUUAAUGAUAUUGUUCAUGUUUUUACAGUACAGUCAGCUGCAUAAACAAGUAUUCAUUUACAAUGUUUUAAAAGCUUUAUACAUCUUCAUUAUCAAUAGGUGUAUGCACGCAUGUAUCCUUGCGUAUGCCGCGCAAAUGCAUAAUAUUAACAAAUACAUGCAUACCAACAUGAACACAAAGCCCUUUAUAAUUUUGUAAAGUUUUCUAUAUAUUUAUGCAGCUGACUGUACAUUGUGUUAAUGAAUGAAGUUAAAAAAG